AUGCCGCCCAAACAAGUGGCCAACGGCAAUAAUUCGUCUUCGGACGAGAAGGCAAGCGUGUGGCUUGCAGAUGCGUUGCGCUUGACCGGCGAUGAGGUCAUGCUGGACGUGGCUGCCAUCGCGGCAGCGAGGGGCAUACAAGUGUCGGCGGUGGUGAAGCAGGUCAGCCGCCUACGGGAGAAACUCCCGGGUCUUGUGAUCAAGACCAACAGCCGUGGAGCGUCGGCAGUGGUGCCCGCUGCUCCCGGUGGAGGAAGGGGUGGCAAGGCUGGCAAGAAGCCAGCUGUUGCUCGCGAUCGUGGUGCUCCUGCAGCGGAGACUCAGGAGGAGGAAGAUGACGACGAUGACGGCGAGGAAGUGGAGGAGGGGAAAGAUGAGGAAGAUGAUGGUGAUGAUGAUCAUGACGACGACGACGACGACGACGAAGACGAAGAAGAAGACGAAGCCAUGGACGUUGACGAGGACGAGGCUGUGGCCAGUGAGGACGCAGCUCGUGCCUAG